AUCUUCAGUCGAAAACAGCAAGCAACAUGGAAAACAUUCUAGAAAUGUAAACAAUUCUUUACUCAUUACACUUCAGCAACAAUUACCAAAAUCUAGUGUAGUAUUUUUAAUUGAUCGUUGUUCAUGUUCAACUUGUUCUCUAGCUCUUUAUUAGGUAUUUGCCAUCCGCCAAAGGUGGAUCAUAUUAAAUGCUAUAUUAAGUAUUAAUAGACAUUCACGACAUUUCGACAGUCUGUUUAUCCAGUCUAAUUACACAUAAGAUUUAGUUAGCAUGCAGGAUAACAGUGUGAUGAUGGAGAUAAUUGUGUAGCUGCUCUACAAACACCGAGGAGCCUUGGGGAGAAACAAAGAUAUGGUUCUGUCUUUGGUGAACCUGUGCGCUCGGGAGGUGAUGAAUGACCUCAGCUCAUCGCCGUGUUGGUUAAGUUGUGUGCCGAGAGAGCUCUACCGACCGCUGCUGGACGCUGCCUUCGCUCAGUGCCGACCUCUAGCCGUCGGUGAGCUCGUCCAGCGGUGGCCCGAGCGGACACUGACCGUUGUAGGCAGCAGAAAACUAGACCAGUGCCCUCCGAACCGGCUUUGCGUUCAGGCGCUGCUGCUGGCUGUGGUCAGGGGACUGACGGACAAGAGGUGUUGCCUGCAGGUGCUGGGUCUUAGUGGACUUCAGUGUGAGAAUGGGAGGGUUGAAGAUUCAAUGGGUGGAUGGUCCCUCACUGUUGCCCUUUGCUCAAUGGUGCUACAAGCUCGAGCUGCAGCCUCCAGGGCUCACAGGAGAGAUGGAGAAAGAGAGAGAAAAAGAGGGCUGGAAGCAGAACGUGAGAGGGGUGGCACUAUCAAACGGGACCGGGGCACAAUAGGGCAUGGGAAGGACAGUGAGGAAGGACACAAAGAAGAGGAGGUAGGAAAGAUCGAGUGCAGAAGUAAUGAAGGAGAGGGCACUGUUUGUCAUGAACAAGUGCUGUUACCAGAAGAUGACUCAGUGAAGGGUGUCAGGAGAAGGAUGGAGAUCCAGAGGGGAAAGUCUUCAUCGGAGUUAAAAUCAAACACCAGCAAUAAUAACAGUAAUGGUUUCUCUGACCAAGACUGGGACCAGGUAGUGGUUGUCCAUGUCAGAGCUGACGUUUUUGUCAAUUCCCGUUCCUGGGAGCGUGUCCGCGAUGCCCUUAGUCACCCAGGCCCUCUGCGGCUCGAAUGCUGCUUCCUCUGUGUGGAGGAACUCUCUGCACCUUCCAUAGCUUCCUUAUUGGGCCUCUUGCCUCAGCAUGAUCUACUUGGUGUGGACAUCCGCUACUCCAGCCUUGGAGUGUCUGGCCUGGCAAUGCUACUUCCAUUGUUAGCUCCCUUCCCUCAGCUCCACUCUCUGAGGCUGCAUUACUGUAACUUGGACUUGCAACGCACACAGCCUGGCCAGCAGGAGGCACUUCAAGACAUGUCUAAAGGGCUGGGUUCACUGAAGAAACUUAAGAGAUUAUGUCUGACUGCACUCCGACUGCCAGGACAUCUGCAUUUGCUUCUCAGCUCUCUUUCCCAGCCUCUGGAGGUGCUGGAGCUGCCAUACCUGUGCCUGACCUCCACCGACCUGGCCUACCUCUCAUGCAGCCAGCAUGCUCCAUUCCUGAGAGAACUUGACCUGAGUGAGAACUGGCUUGAUGAAUCCUCCCUGCCCUCUCUGUGCCGUCUCUUAGGUCAAGCUGAAAGCACUCUCACCCAGCUUUCACUAUGUGGUUGUGGCCUCUCAGACUCUCUCCUCGAAGCACUUCUCCCUUCCCUGUCCUGCUGCCGGGCUUUGCGUAGCUUAAGACUGGCCUUAAACCCGCUCUCCAGGAUGGGGCUGCUUUCCUUGGCCCGUACAGCUGCUGGCUUCCGUUCCCUUCGUCUGCUGCUCUAUCCCAAUCCUCUAGAGGAAUAUGAGCCUGGUCUGCCGGCUCUCCCCUCCAGUGCUCAGCUGCUGGGCUGGCCUCUGCUUGAGGAGGCAGAGGGCAGGAACUUGACGCUGAGGUUGUUGGAUGAAGUUCUGAGCUCAAGAGGGCGUUCACGUGACCUUCUUGUGACAUCAGACCUCCUGAACUAUAGCCCAGACUUGGCAUUGGAUGAUUAGAGUGUUUGUGCACAAGUGUGCAUCUCUGCUAUAAAAUGCUGGAAAUCUUCCAGGGCCCUCAGAACAAGUGGUUGACAAUCAAAAUCAUGUUCAAACUAGCAGUGUCAGCUUAUUAAAUUGUGGAAUGUUUUUCCUCAUUGCCAAGAAUUUCUCAUUAAUAACAAAUCCUAGCUCUUAUAAUAAUUUUAAACACCUGGUGAGUCAAAACCUUAGCAUUACAUUAUAUGCAGCUUUCAUAGAAUAUUUUUAAUUUUUGUUCUAAUGCUUUGCAUCAUACUGAAGAGAACUGUGUCCAGAGUUUGUCUUUUUUACUUUAUAAGUCCUUCAGAACUAUUGAUCAUUGAGGGUAGAUUCAAAGCAAUCCAAUAUUAGCAAUCUGUUUGAACUUUGUAUGAAUCUUCAUAUAUAGAGGAUGAUGAUAUGGUGCUGUAAUGUGAAACUGGUUUCUUAAUACUCCGCUUCACUGUCUUUAAUGGCACAGUCUUAAUUGUCAACGUCUUUUGGUAGAAGCUGAGCUAGGUGCACUUGUAAAAUGUGCCAAAGUGGGAUUUGGGUUACAGUAAGUGUACUUUCACUUCCCAAACUGAUAUGGAUUUCUCCUCAAAAACCAGCAUCUAUGUAUCCCCCCUUCCAAAUAAACAGAAACCUAAACUGUUCAUAAACAUCAUUGUUAAAUGUAAU